CUAGCAUCCCCAGCCCGCUCGCCACCGGCUGUCGCCGACAUGGAACCCGUGGCCAGCAACAUCCAGGUCCUGCUGCAGGCGGCGGAGUUCCUGGAGAGGCGCGAGAGAGAGGCGGAGCACGGCUAUGCUUCCCUGUGUCCACACUACAGCCCCAGGACUGUCUACAGGAGGAGGAAGCGACCCCUGCCAGCUCCUGGCGCGCUGAACAGUGGGCGGUCCGCACACAAUGAGCUGGAAAAACGCAGGAGGGCCCAGCUGAAGCGGUGCCUGGAGCAGCUGAGGCAGCAGAUGCCCCUGGGGGUUGACUGUGCCCGCUAUACCACGCUGAGCCUGCUGCGCCGGGCCAGGAUGCAUAUCCAGAAGCUGGAGGAGCAGGAGCAGCAGGCCCAGCGGCUCAAGGAGAAGCUUCGCAGCAAACAGCAAACCUUGCAGCAGCAGUUGGAGCAGCUCCAGGGGCUGCCUGGGGCUGGAGAGCGGGACCGGCCGCGAGCUGACAGCCUGGACUCUUCCAUUCUGUCCUCUGAGCGCUCAGACUCAGACCAAGAGGAUGCAGAGGUGGAUGUGGAGAGCCUGGUGUUUGAGACUGAGCUGCUUCCGAGAUUCAGCACUAACCCGGGGCUCGGCUACUCACACGGCGCUGGUAGCUGGCUAUGACACUCAAUGUCCAUGACACCCUUUUCUCUUUGGACUGAGCCUGCUAGGCAGGAGCCCCACACAAGCCCCACGGUCUGCUUAGAGCCCACUUGAUGGAGACUCUGAAAGAUCCAUGUGUGGAACAGGAAUCUGUGGGCUCAGCUUUACAGCUUGAGUCUGGGCCACCCCCCCCCCCAGGGCAUUUUAUGUCCCAUGGGGACAGCAGCCUGUAGACCUCUUGUUCCUGGGCAGAGCCUCCGCCUCCCUCCCCACCGCACAGUAUUUUCAUUAAAAUCCUCUUUUCU